GCAAUAUUUUUCUAACAAUUUUAUAUUUGAUAGAAAAAUCUAUUUUUAUCAAAAAAAAACUCAAAUAUGUUAUUUAAUUUGAUUGUAUUAGCUAUUGGUCUAUUGAGAGGCGCCGAGUCCGCCGGUUGGCAGUUGGUCUGGUCAGAUGAGUUUAAUGGAUCGGGCGGUCCUAAUGAUGGCGAAUGGAGCUAUGAGGUCGGCGGUGGCGGUUGGGGUAAUAACGAGUUAGAGUACUAUACAUCGCACAAUACGGGCAAUGCUCGCCAAGAGGGCGGCCAUUUGGUCAUCAAUGCCCGCGUCCAGGAAGAGGGAGGCAGACAUUUUACAUCGGCUCGAUUGACAUCGAAAAAGUCGUGGACAUACGGCAAGUUCGAGGCCAGAGCUAAGCUGCCGAAAGGCAAAAAUCUGUGGCCCGCUAUCUGGAUGAUGCCGAAGGACAGCAAAUAUGGCGGAUGGGCUGCCAGCGGUGAGAUCGAUAUCAUGGAAGCCAGAGGCGAGAGACCGACCAUUACUCAGGGAACCAUUCAUUACGGCGGUUCGUGGCCUAACAAUAUCUACAGCGGUUCCGGCGAACGAAAUUUCAAUAAGGAUUUUACUGCCGAUUAUCAUACGUUUGCCGUCGAAUGGGACCAAAAUAUGAUUCGUUGGUAUGUCGACGGCCAGGAGUAUCACAGAGAAAAUAUCAAUAGAAAUAUGUGGUCAGGAAAGGGAGCCAAUCCCUACAACCAUAACGGUGCCCCAUUUGACCAGGGAUUUUUCUGGAUUCUCAACAUUGCCGUCGGCGGCAAUUUUUUCCCGCAAAAUGUUUACGGACCGCCCGUCACUCCCGACGAAGCCCGACGAUGGGAAAAGCCUUCGAUGGAGAUCGACUACCUUCGAGUCUACCAAUGGAAGUAAAAUAAAAAAAACAACUAACUGUCCCAACAUUUUUUGUUUUUACUGUUACUAACUAACAGUAUUUAACAUUUGUCAUUGUAAUUAAUUUUUUUAAAAUUCAAUAAAAACUAUUUUCUAAU